GAGGAAGAAAAGAAACCAAAAAACCAAAAACCAAACAAACCAACGAUGGAACACCAUCACCUCUUCCAACAACAACAAAUCAACCUCAACUUAGACCCACACCUCAUCAAACUCACCUACCACCAACACAUCGACCAAUCACUACUCAACCAACAACACCACAAACCAUUAACCAGCCAACAACAUCAACACAACAACCAACAACAACAACAAACCAUCUCAGAAGAACUACUCACCAAAGAACAGCCAGAGACAAAUGACUUCAAUACUGAAACCAUCAAACUAGAACCUCAAGAAGACCAUCAAUCCAUCCUCCACCCACUCGAGAUCAUCCUCCCAACCAAUCGAUUCCUAUUUCCUGAAUCUGAACAAUCAUUCACAUUUCAUCCAACUCAACUUCAACACAUCCAUCGCAUCCGCCAAGAAAAUCAAACCUCAACAAUUCAGCCGAGAUCUCAUCAUGUCGUCUCAAUCGGCAAGAUCCCAUCCGCCCCUGGAACUCAAACCGGGAAACCAUUCGACGAUGGAUUCACAUUUCUUAUCCCUCCUUCGCCCCCUUCAAAAAAUUCGAAUCUCCACGACCAGUCAAUCCAGUCUGUCGGAUUACCUCAACUGGAUCCUAAUCUUCUCCAAUCCUCUUCAAACCUUCCUCGCAGACGAGUCGGCAGACCCAGGAAAAACCCCAUCAAUUAUAAUGAUUCAAGGUGUUCGACUCAGUCAAAACAAAUAAAUGAUCUCGAAAAAAAAGUACAGGACAAAAAACCAGUGAUGGAAUUGUCAAGUCAACGAGUUGAUGACAAACUGAGGAACCCACGUCUGUCUGAUGGAUCGGGACACCCUGCGCGAGUGAUAUCCAGCAGUAAACCGGCUGAUCCGGAGGCAUCGACGACACGUGCGAUUCCUGAAAGAACCGGUCCUUCGCCCAUGUCGCGAAAAAAAGAACCAUGGAUGAGCGAACUCAAGAGCAUCUAUGCCUCCAACUUGAGUAAACGUUCUCCCGCCGAUCUCCUCGUCCCAUACCCAAAAGUGGGCGAUACUUACAAGACGGUCGAAGGCUUCAAGGGGGCUUGUUUGUUGGCUAGUUGGCCUGCUGGUCAUGACAUGCACGUCAGGAAUCAUUACAAAGCAGAUUUAUGGGAAAGAUGUGUUUUCACGUGUCGACAUGAUCGAUCACCGCCCAAAGGCUUGAGCUGUCCAUUUAAGAUAGUCGCGAUGGGAGACAAGACGAACGGAAACAGAUCGCAGCCGGUCGAAGAGUGGAAAGUGAUCAAGUCGCAUCUAGUCCACCGAAACCAUCCGGUAGGGCCAGGGAUGUUUGACCCGUUGGGCAAGCGAAGCUAUCGGAAACGAGCAGCUGGAGACGACCUGAACGAAACGACCACCAACACAAGCAUCCAGCCUCCCAAGAAAAGAGGAAGACCACCCCUUCCGCCAGUCCGGACGCAAAUUCCUCCACGCCCUAAGCCGCCCCCAUCCGUAUCCUUUCCCGCACCGACCGCUCAGACGGAAUGGUCAAGACUCAGCCUUUCCCCCUCUUCAUCCGACUCUGCCUCAAGUGCAUCCGAUGUUUACUCUCCUAACGCUUCUAGUAAUUCUUCAGCCUUAGAAAACAUUGAACCCUCGCGUCUACGGGUCAAAUAGUGAACUUUUUCCAUCUCUUAUCUUCACAUCUUUUACCUUCUCCCUGGUGCAACACCACGCUUGUUCAUUUAUAAUUUCAACCAUCUCCUUUCAUCUGCACAAGCAUUAUUAUUUAGCAUUCAAUACAUGGUUUCCCUGCUUUUUUUUUU